AUGCUUUCAAACAACCUUCCCUCCACAGAUGUCUCCACUCAAUCAGUAGCAGCAGCAACAACAACUCUUCCGAAUGGUUAUUCUCGGGAGUGGCCAAUCAUCGUUGAAAAUUUACAGAAAAUUGCAAAUAGAGAAAAAGUGUUUGGAUCGAUUGCAGCUUGGAUUGAAUUUGUAAAGGAUUUGGAUCAGAAAAUUGUUGAUGAUUGUAUGAAUAAUAAUCGUGAUGAUGACGAUGAUGGUAGUGUUCAAGAAGUUUCCAGAUCAACUGAUUAUCACUUUAGAAAUUUAUCAUUCCUUUAUAAAAAGAUGAAUAUUUCGGACAAGAAGGAAGCAAAAGAACAUUCAUUGAUGAGUGAGAAGGAAUUUAUGGAAAAGGUUGUUCCAAAGAUUGCUCAGUGGAUUUUGGAUUUGGAAAGAGAGUUUCCAAGUGGAAAAAUUCCAGUCUUGAUGAUGAAUGCAUCUGGUGUUGUGAGAUUGACCAAGAGACAGAUCAGGUCGAUUAUGAGUUGUGCAUUUUGUUGUUUAUUCAGAGAAAGAGGAGAUGUAUCAAAGAAAAAUAUGGGUGUUUUCGAGUUUGGAUUAUUCUGGAGUGUUGCUUCACAAAAUUUCCUAAUGUCAUUAUUUCACUAUUUUGAGAGGAUGUAUAAAUUAGACAAUGAUAGCUCAACAAGCAGUUCUUUGGAUGAAAUAAUUUUAUUUGAAAGGAAGGUUUUAAAGAACAAUUAUAGGCGAUUCAUAGAAGAGGAAAUUUGCAAGAGUCAACAAAAGAUGUGCCCUUUAUUAUUCAAACAAGGAAAGAUUCAAGAUAAUCUUAAUCACUUGAUGGUUGAUUUUGCAAAUUGUAUGAUUGGUGGACAUGUGCUCGGUGGUGCAGUUGCACAAGAAGAGAUUUUAUUUGUUGAAUGUCCAGAGCUUUUUGCAUCCAUUUUAAUUUGCCCUCAAAUGCAAGUUCAUGAAACUAUUAAGUUCACAGGAUUUGAGAGAUAUUCAAAUUUGAAAGGAUACAUUAAGAGUAUGACUUAUGAGACCUAUCUAGACAAUCAACCAGUAAUCGAGAACGUAAGAAAGAAUCAACUAAUUGCUAUGGAUGCUCUGCAAGGAGUGGGAAUUUUCCAAUUCCAAAAAGAAUUCAUUCUUAGAGAAAUAUUCAAAACCACCUGUGCUUUCACAUCAAAAGAGAAUGAUUUCCUCAAAGAUUCAUCAUCUGAUUUACCAACAUUAGAAAACGAACCUAUUGCAAGUGGAUUCUGGGGCUGUGGAAUGUUUGGAGGUGAUAAGCAAUUGAAAACAAUCAUUCAAUGGUUGAGUGCUACUUUAUGUAAUAGACCUUCUCUAACUAUUCAUCUCUUUUCACCUGAGGAUGAGAAAAUUGAACAAGAUUUCAACACAAAAAUACUUCCAUUAAUUGUGGAGAAGGAGUUAAGUCUUGGUCAAGUUGCAGAUGCAUUACUCAACACUUACCAAUCAGUUAGAAAAACAACAUCUUUUUCAAUUUUUGAAUUUCUUCAUCAAAACUUCAAAUAAAAUCCAGAACUUGACUAAUUUC